AUGGUUCAUCGGCCAGCAGACUCUCGGCUUUUGACGAAUUUACUAUCUCACGAAAAAGAUUACUCGAAACAUCUUUCUAUUCUACUUGACUAUUCGCAAGCUUCUCUAGCAUCAUUCUCGGCGUAUGCGUCGGCGUCUGCUCCACCGGCCUCCCAGGUCGUUCUCGCUGUAGCAGGAGCUCUUGCGAAUGCGGACGAUGCGCUGCGCAAGUACGCAGCGUCGCUGGAGCGGUGGCAGGCGCAGCUGAAGGCGCUGAAGGACCUGGAGGACGAAGUAGGGAACAUUAUGCGGGACCGAGAGAUUCUAGUCACGCGCCUUAUCAAGGUCUCCAAACAGCGACCUGCCCGUGAUGGGAUCCUGGGUGCUUCUGGCUCCACCUCAUCUCUGUCCUUCUCCAAGUCCGAUCCCCAGAAUAUCAGCAAAUUGACGACAGCGCAGACUGAGCUCCAGGCUUGUGAGGCUCAUUUGGCGAUGAAAGAGCGCGAGCUCGACUCUCUCCGGACUAGCGCAAUCAAAGUCGGACUACAGGGUCGUUGCAGUGCUAUGGUCGAAUGCGGUUGGACGUGGGGUGAGAUGGGAAAAGAAGGCUUGAGAGCGCUGGAAGCGUUCGGCGUGCCAAACGGAAACGGUAUCCACCAGCACCCGUAUGCGUCUGCUGCUGCCUAUAAGCCGCUGCCAGAUAUUGGAUCUGAUUCAGGACAUCCACCGUCUGACCUAUCUACUUUAGCUCCUUCUCAGUCGGCAUCUCAAGUAGCACUUGCUUAUGCAGCCCCGCCACAUGCGGAUGCUGAUCUGUCUCCACCCAAUGCGCCCUUAGCCGUUCCUACGGCUCCCAGACCCUACACACUCAGUAUUCCUCCCGCACACGCCAUCACGGACAUAGCGAUGCCGAAUGGUCUGGCAUCCGAAAGAAUACCCGAGGAGGAGGAUGGCGACGGAGGCAGCAGCGUGGGCGAGGAUGAGGGACAACUCGAGGUUCACGAGAACUCGGGAUUCAGAGCCAAUGGCAAGCGGCACGACUCCCCUGUCUCUGGCCUACGACACCCGCAUUUCUCUAUCCGUGGAUCUCUGGAUAGUGCCAGUGAACCGGAGCGACACCACCGGCUGAAGAGCCCGCCGCCGCGAGAGCGCCAUCGGUCACUGUUCGGAAAGACGAUGGCAGCGCUGUUCCACAGAGACAAAGAAAAGGAAAAGGAUAAGAGUGAUGGUGGGUCCAUGGAUGGGAAUUCGCCCACGAAGGCGUCUAGCUCGGCUUGGUACACUCGCACCGAUCGACACCUGGCGAAGACGAAGGGAGGCGAUGAUAGCUCUGACGAGGAUGGAGCAGCGCCAUCGCAUCAUUACGCGACGUGGUCACCGUUUGCCUCUUUGCCUGCGCCUGUGAGUCCCAAGACUGCCGUUACACCCUCCCUAUCGGAUGGCUUGAAUAAUGCCCAACGAUUGAAGAAGACGAAGCGGAGCUCCUCGCAAGCACGUCCAGCACCGCGAGUUAGUGACUCGGACAAGGGGCAUAUGAGCGACGGGGCAACGGUUACGGGAUCGAAGGCCCAGGGUGCAGCGCAGUUGAAGAAGCCUGUAAUUGAUGGUGCGACAAAGAUGAACGGCAAUGCUCGCCCCAAUCCCUCGAUGCCACAGAAUCUGGGCACCGUCAGAGCGAAGAAGUCUACACCUUCUGGGAAUGCAACAGGCUCUGCUCUGGAAAAUAAGCCAUCACUUUCUCGCAACUCAUCCCUAUCGAAACAGAGUGUCGUUUCUGCACCUCUCUCAGGCUCCCCCCUUUCUGGUAUUGCCCCACUACAGCGUUCAUCGUCCACUUCCACAGCCACGCGAAGACGCACGACAUCUACUGAAAUCUCAGAAUCCGCGAAAUCCGGUCCCAAGGGUAACCGCAGGCCACUGUCCGCAUCUCAGCGUUCAGGCUUGACUCGGACGAACGAGCCUAGUCUGAUGAGCAUCGUGGAGGGAGUUUCUCGCCAGAAUAGGGAGGCGUGGUUGCGCCAGGACCCGAAUCGUAUGUUGGUGGUCCCCAAAGCCCCAGCUCCUAUAAACUUCGAGCACAUUAUGGGUGCCCAAAUCAUCUCGACACAAUCUGCAUCGCAUUUCGCUGCACCAGAACGACACGACAUGCAUGCUCGGGACGCUCCGCGAAACCCUGCUCUUGUUCCGGCGUCUGCAUCGGCACCAUCAUUGCCUGCAACACCACAUGGCGCAAGCAGGCCGCUUCCCAAGUCUCCUUUGCGUUCUGCGUUGCGUACCAGCCGGUCUCCAUCGCCGAAGUCUCCACCCCCGGUAGCUGGGCCGUCGCUAAGCGGAAUAUUUGAUGCAGUUGCGCCGCCGAAGGUGGACAUUACUCUGGCUGAGGACGCAAAAAACGACGAAGCUGCAUCAGUUUCUUCGUACGAGACUGGACGUGAGGAAUUCGACGACGAUCCAGAGCCACCUGCGGUUGACCCGCCUCCCCCACCUCCCCCCCCUCACGAUGACAAGCCAUUGGUUGGCGGCAGUGACCUGUCGCACUCGGACUCAACCGCGACAACUGCCACUCCGCCGGUGCACCGGAAGAGUGUGCGCAUGUCGUUGCCGCCCACGUUCUCCACAACGCCGCCCGCCAUCGAGGACGACGACGACGACAAUACAGGUACGCUGAGGGGAAGGCCUCAGCCAAGGGCCUCGUCGGCCCGGGACAACGAUGUGCACCAAAGUCGCUGGAAGUCCAGGAUUGAGGAGCCUCACCAUGCAGAUGUGUGGCAGGACUCGAGCUCGGAGGAUGAGGAGUAUCGCUCGGCGAAGCGGCUCCUAAGGCGGUUGUCAAGAAGAAGUGUUGUUUGA